AGCGAGGAGUGGAACCGACAACCAACAGCGCCAUUCAAGUGUGGACCUCAGCGCGUCCAAAACCACCCCCCACCCCCCCUCCAAAAUUCAUCUUACAUCUUAAAGCAUCUUCACAGACUCGCACAGCGAGUCUGUGAACAGGUGAGAGAGGGACACUGUCUGCCCCACUGUCCAGCGACACCAUGAGCUGGAGCUUCCUCACGCGGCUGCUGGAGGAGAUCCACAACCACUCCACCUUCGUGGGGAAGCUGUGGCUCACCGUGCUCAUCGUUUUCCGCAUAGUUCUUACUGCUGUCGGGGGAGAGUCCAUCUACUACGAUGAACAAAGCAAGUUUGUCUGUAACUCAGGUCAGCCGGGCUGUGAGAAUGUCUGCUAUGAUGCUUUCGCUCCUCUAUCUCACGUUCGCUUCUGGGUCUUCCAGAUCAUCUUGGUAGCAAUGCCUUCUCUCAUUUACAUGGGCUACGCUGUCAGCAAGAUUGCACGAUUGGACGAAGCCAAAGGAGGAGGGACCACCACUACAGCCAGGAUAGCAGGAGGGGGCUACACACACAGGAAACCCAGGAAAAUUUGCUUUGGAGCACGCCAGCACCGAGGCAUCGAGGAGACAGAGGAAGACCAGGAGGAUGACCCCAUGAUCUAUGAGGUGCCUGAGAUUGAACCUCCAAAGAGACCACGGGAUCCACUGCAACCAACACCCCGUCCCAAAGUGCGCCACGACGGUCGAAAACGUAUCAAAGAUGACGGGCUGAUGCGAGUUUAUGUUUUGCAGCUAGUUACACGUACGGUUCUAGAAGCGGGCUUUCUUGCAGGUCAGUACUUGCUGUAUGGGUUUCGUGUGAUGCCCGUGUUUGUGUGCUCGAGUCAACCUUGCCCUCACAGUGUUGACUGCUUUGUGUCACGACCUACAGAGAAGACCAUCUUCCUACGCAUCAUGUACGGUGUCACUGUCCUCUGCCUCACACUCAAUGUUUGGGAGAUGCUCCACUUGGGCAUCGGAUCCAUUUGUGAUAUUGUUCACCGUAGGCGCUGCCCAGCUCAGGACGAUGAGUACCAGAUGGGUUUACUUGGCGCCAGUAGUGGGAUGGAGGGCUCUGGAGGAACAUCAGGACCUGAAGCGGGUUCCGAAGGAGAAACAGGUGGAGAUGGUACUGCUGACUAUGUCGGAUAUCCCUUUUCGUGGAACACGCCGUCUGCUCCACCAGGCUACAACAUUGUUGUGAAGCCUGAGCAGAUGCCAUACACAGACCUCAGCAAUGCUAAGAUGGCAUGCAAACAGAACCGGGCAAACAUUGCCCAAGAGGAGCAACAGCAAUUUGGGAGCAAUGAGGAUAAUUUUCCCACCAGAGGAGAGGCCCGCAUGGCUAUAAACAAAGACACGAUCCAGCAAGACCAAGAACAGCUGGAGGCGGCCAUUCAGGCCUACAGUCAGCAGCACCGAGCAGAGGAACAGCUCGGGAACAACCAGGAUGACAAGCCUCAAAGUAACAUCAUCCAGGCCCAGCCUCAGCCACUGCCUCAAAAGGAGCGCAAACGUCGGUCAAAGCACGCAAAGGCAGGUAGCAGCGGAGGAGGCAGCAGCAGCAACAGCAGCAGCAGCAAAUCAGGCGAGGGGAAGCCCUCUGUAUGGAUUUAA